ACAUUACUGCGAUAAAUGGAAAUUAACACAAAACUAUUUACAAUCACUUGUAACAACAUGUUGCGAACGUACGUCGUAUGUUAUCUGCUCCUCAUCAGCGGUCUUGGCGUCCGUGGCACAGAGAGCAAGGAGAAGAGUUUCUGGGAUGACCCGUGGUGCUGGGGCCCCGCUGUUGCAGGUGGAGCAGUAGCAGGUGCGGUACUGGGUCCAUGGGCCCUUGGGGCCGGGCUAGCAGGAAUGGGGUUCACAGCGUCAGGGAUUACAGCAGGCUCCAUGGCAGCGGGUGCGAUGUCUACAGCUGCGAUGACGGGAUAUGGCACGGGGGUCGUUGCAGCAGCACAGUCUGCAGGUAUGACAUCAGUGGAGUACAAGUAA